AAGGUUAAAUGUUUCAGAUGUUGAUGUGAAACAGCUUGUUAGCCUGAGAGAAGCCCAACUUCUUUAUCGACUUUCUGAUGAGCUUGCAGAAGACAUGUUUAGAGUGCAUACAAGAAAACUUGUCGAGGAAAACAUAUCAACUGCGCUCAGUAUGCUGAAGUCUAGGGCAAGAACAGUGACAGCUUCACAUGUCAUUGAAGAGCUUAAUAAGAUGCUGGCAUUCAAUAAUUUACUGAUCUCAUUGGGGAAGCAUCCUGAUGCUAGUCGCUUUGCUCGUGGGGUUGGGCCAGUGAAUUUAAUAGGUGGUGAGUAUGAUGGUGAUAGACAGAUGGAUGACUUGAAGCUCCUAUUUAGAGCAUAUGUUACGGAUGCACUAUCAAGUGGUCGCAUGGAAGAGAAUAAGCUUGCUGCAUUGAACCAAUUGAGGAAUAUAUUUGGUUUAGGUAAACGGGAGGCAUAAUCCAUUAUGCUGGAUGUUACUUCAAAAAUAUAUCGUAAAUGACUUGCUCAGUCUGUAUCAAGCGGUGAUUUAGAAGCUGCUCAGAGUAAAGCAGAAUUCCUUCAAAACCUCUGCGAGGAGUUGCACUUUGAUCCACAGAAAGCUAUUGGGAUC